AUGAAGAUAUUGAGACUCUUAUCAAUAGCUUGCCUUGUGGACGAAGGCUUAGCGGCUUUUCUGCCCUUUAGAUUGCACAUAAACGAUAGAAGAAGUUCUUUUGGACAAAAGCAAUCAAAUUUACAAGACAGAGAUCCAUCAUCUUACCGGAUACGAGAAGGCCUUGCUCUCAGCGAGCAAACUAACAAUUUGAAUGAAGAGGUAGAAUGGAAUGACAAUGAAAUAAUAGAUACAGAUGCUUCGAUGGCGGAAUUGGAGCUGGCCUUGGCAGAAUCUCAGAGGAAACGGGCUGCUUUGGAAGACGAAUUGAUGGCUUCCAUGGCUGAGAGUGUACUCAAUCGAACGCCGCAGAUGGCUCUGGCUGAACUAGAACUUGCCCAAGCGAACAAAAACUUGUUAUCACAGGAUCUAAUCAAAGCAACGACGGGACUUCUUGGUCCUAUUGGUGGGAUUGUGGGGGUCUCAGCAGCUGGAGUAGUAGCUGGACGUAAUUUCUUACAAAAACGACAAGCCAAAAUUGAGGACAUGGAACGACGAGCCUAUCAAUCUCGAUUGGAUGCUGCUUUGCAGUUAGAGAAAAUAUCGGUACAAUCGGCGGCGCAGAAAGCAGCAGCAGUAACUGGGAUCGCUGCGUUGGGUGUGACCCUGAGUGGUACUCUAGAUGAAUUUUCACUGCCAUCAUUGGGUGGAAACUCAAUGCCAACUAUUAGCAUCAAGAACGAGCAACAGGUCGCACAAAAGAAGCUGGUUGAACCAAAACCUGAGCUGCCCUAUCUCGAAGAAAAUAUCAGAAAUGCUGAAUUAGAGGUGGAAGCCAAGGAAAAGGCCGUCUUGGAAGCAACUCAAAAGAGCCAACGCGCUGCCGGAGAGGCGGCCACAUUGGCCACUGAUGAGUUACCCUCUCUCAAAGAAAAUGUAAAAAAAGCUGAAUUGGAAGUGCAAGCCAAGGAGAAAGCCAUCCUGGAGGCCACCCAAAAGAGCCAACGUGCUGUCGGGGAGGCGGCCACAUUGGCCACUGCCGAGUUACCCUCUCUCGAACAGAAUAUCAAAAAAGCUGAAUUGGAAGUGCAAGCUAAGGAGAAAGCAGUUUUAGAGGCAACCCAAAAGAGCCAACGCCUCGAGCAAAUGUUGAAGACUGAGGAGCAGGCGUCACUUACAUUGCAAGCCCAAUUGAAAGCUGCCGAAGAAGCAGCCAAAAUGGCCACUGCUCGUUUGUCAUCGGCCGAAUUGGCUGCCAAGGAGGCAGAAGCACGAGCCUUGGCAGCGGAACGUAAGGCCACUACAUCACCAGCACCAAUCACCAAUAUUGACAUGGAGAAAAAGGAAGACAAUGCCUUUGCUACUCGAAAGAAGGAAGAAGCCGAAUCCUUGGAUCUCAAGAGAAGAGUGGCCGAGGGCAUGUUGCGACCAACCAGCAAAGCAACUAGUCCGUUUUCUUCCAAGUUGGCAACUUCUACAAUUGCUACUCCCACGGCAGGUGUGGCAGCAACCGCUCCCAGUAGUGCAUCUGACGCACUCUCCAAGGUGACGAACAAUCCGGCGGUACUUGCAUUUAUUGGAGGGGGGGUUGCAGCCGCUGCUGGCGUAGCAACAGCUAUUGGUGCUGCAAAGAACAAGGAGGACAAUGAUAAGCAGAAGAAAGGGGAUCCAGUUCGGGCCACCAUGAAAAUUUCAACUUCCAAGCCCAAGGCAAAAGCCAAGAAAUCAGACGAGCUCCCAUUCAACAUUCCACCACCACCCAAGGAGAUUUCCUCACCGUCGAAGGUCGGCAAACGAGGAGAUGAUGCUACCAAGUCAUCUUUUGCAUCAUCAAAACCAGCAUCAGUGGAAGAAACAAAACCACAUAAAUCUGGAACAGAGUCAGGAUCAUCACCGUCAACAACAUCUAAGGGACCAAAGGGAUCGCCGGGUCCCAAGACUCCCAAGUUCAUAUCUUCGUACGAUGGACCAGCAGAUGAAGAUGAUCUCAAGUCUUUGUCUUCGGCUUUCAAUCCUGGAGUGGAUAUUUUGAAGGAUAAUGCCUUCCAAACUGGUCCUGGGGCUUCCAAAUUCUCCAAGUUCAGGGCUAGUGACACAUCACAAUUUGGGCCUGGAUCUGGUGCUCCUAAGGGAUCCUCGCCGUUUCAAACAGACCCUGGUGCUUCCAAAUUUGCUUCCAAGUUUGGGGCUAGUGACAAAUCGCCAUUUGGGCCUGGUGCUGGUGCAUCUAAAGGGUCCUCGCCGUUUCAAACAGACCCUGGUGCUUCCAAAUUUGCUUCCAAGUUUGGGUCUGGUGACAGAUCGCCAUUUGGGCCUGGUGCUGGUGCAUCUAAAGGGUCCUCGCGGUUUCAAACAGACCCUGGUGCUUCCAAAUUUGCUUCCAAGUUUGGGGCUGGUGACAGAUCGCCAUUUGGGCCUGGUGCUGGUGCAUCUAAAGGAUCCUCGCCGUUUCAAACAGACCCUGGUGCUUCCAAAUUCCCAUCAUCUCGCAAGGGUGCGUCGUCUGUCGGAGCUAGCAGUAAAAGCUCAUCAAAGGAAGAAUCACUAUUCUUUACUGGGCCCUCCACAAGAUCGCCACUCGGGCCUGGCUUUAGUGCGGGCCCAGGAGUACCCAAAGGAUUUGUAACUGGUCCAGGUCCAGUCAAUGGACAAAGCAAUGGCGUUGAUAGUGCUGAAAGUCCCAGAGCUGGUACGGUUGAUACAGGUGGUUCACAAGGAUUUCUGAGUUCAAGUCCACCCAAUGGACUUGAUAGGGGUGCUCCGAAAGGAUUUCCAAGCUCUUAUUCAAAUGAAACCAAUGGUGGUAAUGGCGGUGUCAAGGGCAUCGGACGUGAUCCAGUCGCUCCACUAGAUUCGCCUGGUGCGUCACCAUUCGAGACUUCUGGGAAAGGAUUACCAAAGAGAGGAUCAUCAUUCUUCACUGGCACUACAACAGGAUCUCCGAUUGGUCCAGGUGUGGCUCCCAAGGGUUUUGGAGCAGGCUCAGGAGUACCGAAAGGUUUCCCACGCCCGGUCAAUGGACCAAGCAGCGACCUAGAUACUCGAUCGAAGGCAGCUGAAAAUGUUGCCCCCGACAGCUUUGAAAGUGGUGGUCUAGAAGCACCAAAGGGCUUCUCGAGUCUAUCUAAUCGCUUUGCAAGUCCAGUCAAUGGACGAAACAACGAAGUAAAUGCUAGUGCUAAGGAACCUGAAGCUGGAACCGUCUCUUCCAAUGGCUUCGGAAGUGGUGGUCCAGGAGUGCCAAACGGUUUCCCAAAUCCAGCAAAUGGACAAAGUAGUGAUCUAGGUGCUGGUUCUAAGGGUACUGGAGCAGGAGCAGGAACUGUUGCUCCCAAGGGCUUCUGGCGGCCAGGAGGCUCGCAAGGUUCCCCAAUCUCAGCCAAUGGGCAAAGUGGUGAUAUAGGAGCUAGUCCGAAGGCAGCUGAAGCUGGAACCGUUGCUCCCAAGCCCUUUGACGGUGGUCCAGCAAAACCAAAGGAUGACGCAGGUCAAGUCAAUGGACAAAGCAAUGACACAACUGCUAGUAUGAAGGAAUCCAAAGCUGGAACCGUCUCUCCGAAUGACUUUAAGAGUGGUGGUCCAGGAGUGCCAAACGGCUUCCCAAAUCCAGCCAAUGGACAAAGUAGAGACCUAGGUGCUGGUUCUAAGGGCACUGGAGCAGGAGCAGGAACUGUUGCUCCCAAGGGCUUCUGGAGGCCAGGAGGCGCAAAAGGUAGUGAUUCUAAGGGUGAUAGUACUGGUCUAGGUGCUACCAAAGAUGGUGUUUCAGGUUCGGCAUCUGCAAAUGAAUUUGCAUCUCCUAAGACUGGUUUGCCAUUUGGAUCACCCGGUAGUGCGGCAAAGUCGUCCUCUGGUACAAGUGAAGUCAAGGGUACCAGUGCUUUUGAAAUUUCCAAAUCGACUGCUCCUUCUGAUUUUGGAUCCAGUUCGGCAUCUUUUCGACCACUGUCUGGCGGCAAAAGUCCUGCCGAAACAAACAACAGCUAUACAGGUGCAAGAAAACGGGAAUUCAAACUAUUUCCAAAGUCAGGAUCAUCUACAGUGAAAAAAGGAGCACCCGCUUCAUUCGACCCGUUUCCAUCGUCAAGGCCGGAUACACCUGGUGGGCCAACCUUUCCAACAAAGACGGGUUCACCUGCUGGAUCAUCCAAUAUCGCUGGGAAACCGGACGGGCGGAAGACCUUUACAUCAUUUACUGGUAAGGAUGGGGCUGAGGUAAUCACUACCAGGCCCUUUGGGAACGGUCCUGGAAAAUCAUUGAGUGGACAAAGCAAUUCCAGCGGCAAGAAGAGCUUCCAGCCCCCAAAGACUGGACUGAAAUCACCGUUUCAAUCAUCUGAAGGAGUUGCAAAGAAAGACUUUAAGCCGUACUCUCCAAAGGGAAUGACCAAUGAGGUUGAGAAGAAGAGCUUUAAACCAUACUCCAGACCUGCUGAAGCAAUGACUUCCGAAGCAGAUUUGCCUGCAGAGUUCAAUCCAACUUUCCCUCCAAAAGAAGGAGUAUCUUCAAAAGGAACAGACGGCGCAUCAGUUUCUGGAUCAAAUUUGGGCUUCCAAGUGCAGGAUAUUCCACAAUCUCCUGCAACAAGUGUAGAUUUGCCAGCUUCUUCCAGUUCAUAUCUCUCGGGCAUGCAAGGGUCUACCUCAAAGAAUCAAGGGGUGAAGUCCUCAUACUCGCCCUUUGGUCCCAAGAAAAAGACAGAGCCAUCCAAAUCUUCAACCUACAGUCCACUUGGUCAGUGGACACCAGGAUCCUCAAAAGCGGACGCUUCUGCAAAUCUGGGAGCUCCAAGUCUCGAAGGUUCCAAGACAGAUGAUGCAGCAACUGAAGCAUCUGCAACGUGGGCAUCAGCGUCAGUGUCAGGAGAAUCAUCAAUUGCUCCAAGUAAGGCAUGGGAAACUUCAAAAUUGAACAACGAUCUCCCGACGGCGUCAAUGGAAUCGACUCCGUUGCCAAUUUCUUUGCAGGAGAAUGAGCAGGGUUUAGCACAGCCUGGUGAAGCUUCCAACGGCGAACAAAAUACUGAAGAGCCUCAGGGGUCUAUUUGGGACACACUUUCUGCGACUGUGUCAUCGUUCACUGGUCGAUCAACUUAUUCCAGCAAGCAAGCAACAACUGCGAGUGAUACUGCUGAAUUCCCAGCAAGCAAAGUACGGAGCUCGUAUUCACCAUUUGGUCCAAGGUCAUAUUCGCAAGGUACACCAAGAGCCCCUUUUGGAGUUGCAAAUACUGUGGAUCCAACAAGGAACAUUGUGGAACAGAAACGGGCAAUUCAAGGAGCAACCUCAGGAAAUAGUCCUGUGAAGACAUCAUAUGCUCCCUUUGAAGAAAAAGAGAGCAGUUACAGUCCUUUUGGGUCAGCAAGUGUUCCAAACCCUUCAGAGCCUCAAGUGGUACCAAGCCAAGGCAAUGCAAAUGUUAAUAGCCCAUUCGGAAGCUGGUCGCCACCCGUUCCAACAAGUUCAGAGACCACAACAAAUGAGUCUGGAUUUUCACCCUUUGCUGAGUGGCUAAAGAAUGAACCACAACCAGGACAACCAGCCACAAGCACCAAUGCAUCACCAGUGGCUGCUGGUGCAAACCCUGUAUCCACACCACAAGCACCAAGUGAGAAUAUGGCUUCUCAAAACACUGACAAUCCAGUUUAUUUCUCCCCAAACAGCCCUGGUGCUUUUUCAAAACAACCGCCAGGCAGGAGUUACCAGCCAGAUCAAAAUGGUAACCAAUCCGGCUCUGUAGCUGAUUUUAGAAGACCGCGCAGUACAAACAGUUACGGCAACCGUAGAGUUGAGGACUUUCGGCGACUUGAUGAAGAGGCAACAGAGCCAACAUCACGAUACGUGAAUCGAGCAGUUGAUCCCACACAAAGCUAUCGCCGACCUGAUCCAUAUUUGAACAGUUCAAGCAGCAAUGUGCCAACUCGAAAACAACAAUAUUUGAACCAAGAACGGACCAUGCAACAAGCAACAGGAAGACAAGCGGAUCCGUUCUAUUCCAGUCCAUAUGGGACUAGACCAACAACAAAAUCUGAUCAAAUUGAUCCAAACACUGAAACUGCGGCACAAAGAGGGCGGUCAGGCCCCAAGGACUCAAAGCCGUCCAACAAUUGGUUCGAUGAUGGACGAGGAGGGAAAGGUUCGCUGAACCAAGACUGGCAGUGGAACAGCAGUAAUUGA